AUGAUUAUCAAAAACAAUGUGGUGCACGGUGGGCCGACGUUGAGUAUUCCUGCACAUCUUUCGUAUGGGAAAUUUGUUAUUGACAAGCUGAUAGAACAUAACGCUGAUGAAAAUAAAAUUGCUUUGGUUCACGGGGAUGUUGGUGAAAAAACAACGUAUAGGGAAAUUCUUAAAUAUGUGGUACAUACUGCGAGUGGAUUAAAGAAACUCGGCGUGAAGCGUGGUGAUAUAGUAGCGCUCUGCAGUGAGAACAGACUGGAGUUUAUAGUGACUGCUUUGGCAGCUAUCUGUUGUGGUGCUACGAUCACAACGCUCAGCACACAGUAUACAAAAGAUGAAAACAAACAUGUCUUAACUAUAUCAAAGCCAAGUCUAUUAAUAGCAUCAGAAGAGGUGUUAAAACAAAACUUUUCCAUAUACAAAGAAGUAACCUAUAUAAAGAAAUUUAUUCAAAUGAAUGGAAAACCCAUAGACAAUGGAAUAAUCGCAUAUAAAAAUGUUUGUGCUCAAGUAGAUGCUUUUGAUUUUGAACCGGAAGAAGUGCAGGGCGCCACCGACACAUUAUUUUUGUUGUAUUCUUCUGGCACAACUGGUCUUCCGAAAGGAGUUAUGUUGACACACGUCAACGCGUUGUAUGCUGCAGCUAAUUCACUACGGGAAUCGCUUGCUCCGGAAAGUCAGUCUCGGUCAUGUCAUUUGACAGUCGUACCGUGGUACCACGCCUAUGGUCUGAUGACGACCAUAAACAAUUUUAUAAUUGGCAGGAUGACUGUAUAUUUUCCAGGAUUUUAUCCAGAAAAGUAUCUCAAAGCGAUAGAGAAGUAUAAGGUAAAUGUCCUGCUUACGGUCCCGCCUAUGAUCGUAUUCCUGACGAAGUCUUCUCUAAUCGAGAAAUACGACAUGUCCUCUGUCACGUUGGUGUGGUGCGGUGCAGCGCCGCUUUCUGCCGACACUAUUAGGGACGUUAUGAAACGCUUACCUAAUUGCAAAGGAGUUUUGCAAGCAUACGGAAUGACAGAGACGUCCACAUCGGCAACAAGAGAUCCUGAGCGUGACACUACAAAACACAAACCCGGUAGCGGUGGCACUCCUUUACCCGGCGUAAGAGUAAAGGUGGUUGACGUUGAAACACGAAAAAAACUAGGACCUUUUGAAACAGGAGAAAUUUGUAUCAAGGGGCCAGUAGUAAUGAAGGGCUACAUUGGCGAUAAAGCAGCUGAUCGCGAUAUUAUGGACGAGGAAGGAUUUCUUAAGACUGGCGACGUCGGGUAUUAUGACCACGAUGGAUACUUCUUUAUUGUGGAGAGGAUCAAGGAACUGAUAAAGUAUAAAGGACACCAGGUGCCACCUGCAACGGUAGAAAGCGUAAUUCUACAACACGGCAGUGUGGCAGAGUGCGGCGUGGUGGGCGCGCCCGACGAGUGGGCGGGCGAGCUCCCCACCGCCUUCGUUGUCAUCAAGCCUGGUCACCAACUCACCGAGCGUGAACUCCUCGACUUUACUGCUAGCCGGUUGUCGCCAGCGAACCGUCUCCAUGGUGGUGUGAUAUUCGUGAAGGAGAUCCCAAAGAAUCCAUCUGGAAAAAUUAUGCGACGUAUUCUUAAACAAAGGCUCCAAGAUAAAAGAAAAAGUAAACUGUAA